CUAAAAGACGAUCAGUCGUUCGGGAGAAGUGAAUCAAGGAAGAAGUGUUUUUUAGCUUUAGAUUCAAGGAUCAUUAACGUGCGCGCGUUAUUUUGUUAUUGAUCAGUGCGGAGAUAGAAUGCGGAUAAGGAUGACUAAGACUGUUUUGAAUUUAUUUGGACUGAUUGGCUGUUUAUCAUUAGGAAUAUAUUCUCAAAGUACUCCCUGCAUCACCCCGACAAGACAAAACGGCUUUUGUGUUCCACUAAAGCAUUGUCAAAACAUACGCGACAUACUCUUAUUGAAUAAGAAGUACAAUAAUAUUACUUCAGGAGUGUUAAAUUACAUCCGAAAGUCGGUUUGUCACCUGCCAGGCGUAGCGACGGCAGUUUGCUGCCAGUUGACCGAAUUGGAUGAAACUAUCAACAAAUUGAUAACGGACAAAAACUCACUGCCUAAAAAUUGUGGCACUACUAUCGUGGAUCGAAUCUCUAACGGUCAAAAAACAGCCAUCUUCGAGUACCCCUGGAUGGCUUUAUUACGAUACAAGGACUUUGACGGUGAUAUCGUCGAGGCCUGUGGAGGCUCACUAAUUCACGAGAGAUACGUAUUGACGGCGGCGCACUGUCUGAAUGAUAGGCAGUUUGAUCUUGAUCACGUCCGACUGGGGGAGCAUAACAAGAACACCGAAAUCGACUGCCUGGAGGAAGGGUACUGUGCUGGCCCUGUCCAAGAUAUUCCUAUAGAGAACACAAUUACCCAUCCCAACUACAACAAUCCAAGGUACGCAAACGAUAUCGGUUUAGUCAGACUGGAAAAAAGCGUUAAAUUCGAAGAUCACAUCAAGCCAAUUUGUCUUCCGACUACCGCGGGGGUACGUCAACUGGUUCACGAUAAAUAUGUUCUCACCGGAUGGGGUAAAACCGAGAAAAAUGUCCUCUCGAGUGUGUUACUACAAGCAACGCUCCCCCGGAUAGAAAAUGCGCAAUGCGAAAGGCUUAUAAGCAAUAGAGUCAUGGGUUCAUCCGUAUCGCUAACAGAGAAGCAAAUGUGCGCGGGAGGAAUACAUUUAACGGAUAGCUGCCGGGGAGAUUCUGGCGGACCACUUGGGACCAUUGCCAUGUUAUACGAUGAACCUCGAUUCGUUCAAUUCGGGAUCGUCUCGGUCGGUAUAGAUGUUUGCGGCAGAUAUAACGUUCCAAGUAUAUACACUCGGGUGUCAAGUUACAUGGACUGGAUAAUAAACAAUUUGAAACCGUCGUAAGGGAAAAUGAA